AGUGUGCGCCCAGUACCAAGCCUACGAAUUUUAUUGCAAAGUAGUAGUAAGACAGCUGACCGGAGUGACCUCAGAAUGACAUAACAGUGUUGCAGCGGGCAGGCAGUAAGCGUGGAGUUGGUAGAGAGUGAGUGUGUGUUGAGUGUGGUUUAGUGUAGUACCGGCAUAAAAACACAACGAAAAUGUCUCAGGAACCUCCAAAAUCCAUUCCCAAGCACAUAAAAUUUUUAUUUGGCGGUCUGUCCGGAAUGGCAGCAACAUGUUUUGUUCAACCGUUGGAUCUUGUGAAGAACAGAAUGCAAUUAUCAGGGAUGGGUGCCAAAACAAAGGAGUACAAGACAAGUUUUCAUGCACUAACAAGCAUUGUGAAAAAUGAAGGCAUAUUUAGAUUGUACACUGGAUUGAGUGCAGGAUUACUGAGACAGGCCACCUACACUACUACAAGGCUUGGUAUCUACACAUGGCUACUUGAAACUUUCAGUGGGUCUGAAGGGAAACCUCCGGGUUUUGCAAGUAAAGCUGCUAUUGGCAUGACAGCAGGUGCAACCGGGGCCUUUGUGGGUACUCCUGCAGAAGUGGCUCUCGUACGCAUGACGGCAGAUGGUAGACUACCACCAGCAGAGAGGCGAAAUUACCGCAAUGUUGCCCAUGCCCUUUGGCGGAUUGCAUCUGAGGAAGGUGUACUUGCACUUUGGCGUGGUGCUGGUCCUACAAUGGGACGUGCGAUGGUGGUAAAUGCUGCACAGCUUGCAUCAUACUCUCAGGCAAAACAGUUUUUACUAUCAACAGGUUACUUUCAAGAAAACAUAUUUUGCCAUUUUGUAAGCAGCAUGAUAUCUGGUUUGGUAACUACCAUUGCUUCAAUGCCUGUUGACAUUGCAAAAACAAGAAUACAAAAUAUGAAGAUGGUUGAUGGAAAACCAGAAUUCAAAGGUGCCGUUGAUGUGCUGAUGAAAGUGGUUCGUAACGAAGGCUUCUUCUCUCUGUGGAAAGGUUUCACUCCUUACUAUGCUAGACUUGGACCCCACACUGUGCUGACUUUUAUUUUCCUAGAGCAAAUGAAUGCAUUUUACAGUGUCCGUGUACUUGGACAAGAUGCCAGCAAGACAAGUGGUCUGUAACAUAUGCCUUGAAACCUUUCCCAUUCCAUUGUAUAGUAACCUUGCCAUAAAUGCAAGCACCAGCACCAUCUUUGUCAUUGGUAAUAUGUUUUAUACACAAUAUUGUUCUCUGAGACUCUUUUUACUGAAAAGAAAUCCCUCUCUCCUCCGCCUCUAGUCUUUUCCUGUUUUCAUUGCAGUAUUUGAUGUUCGUCCCUUUGUUAACAUCAACUCAACAACACACAUAAUGCUGUUUAUAGUAUGAGUCAGAUUAACUUAAAUGAUUAAUGGGUUUGCUAAGUGGGCAUUAAAAAUUUCUUUAUAAAUGAAUGCAAUAGCUGGUUUCUUAAUUUUUUUAAUUAAUACAAUACCAUUGUUAUACCCCUUAAAGCCAACAUGGAGCAAUUAGCAUAAAAAGUGGUUCCCUUUAUCAUUUUAAUCAGUUUGCUGUUCAUUUAGGCACAGUUGAAUCAUUCCACAGAUUACAAGUGUUAA